AUGAACAAGAAUCUUCAUUCACCCACAACACUUACUGAAUUCGCCAGAGAUUUUGAAAAAGACUCCGAGACUAUAUUUUCGAAAAUUGUCAAUAAACUGACCACGGGUAUAUAUCAAAGUGGGUUCAGUGAAAUUGCUUCAAGAGAUGGUGAGGAAGAUGUGAGAUAUGCCGAAGGUGAGAAAAAUGUAGUUGAAUGUGAUGUUGGGACGUCAGUGGAAGUUGUUGCGAAAAAUAAAUCAGACGAUACUUUAGAGUCGCCGGGACAACCGAGUGACACUGUUACUUCUGAGAGAUCCCCAUCCUUAAAUGUUUUGAAACGUUUGAGCAUCUUGGCACCUCAAAGAUCAUCGCAUUAUCAAGAUUAUAGAAACACUGAUUUACAAAAACUCUGGAUGCCUGAUUCAACGUCAAUUGAAUGCUACGAAUGUUCAGUAAAAUUUACAACAUUUCGAAGGAAACAUCAUUGUCGUUUGUGUGGUCAAAUCUUUUGCACCAAGUGUUGCAAUCAAGUUGUACCUGGAAAAAUAAUAAACUGUUCUGGUGAUCUGAAGGUUUGUACGUAUUGUUCCAAAGUUGUUUUAACAUACCUAAAAUCAUCGGAUAUUGCUGCGGAUCUGAAGUUUGAUCUUAAAUCUUUGCAAGAAGAUCUUUCCAAUAAAUUAUCUACUGGAGUGGUAGCCGUGCAAGUGGAUGGAGAUUCAAGCAUGGCCAAUGUUCAACGACGUAAAAUAUCAGUUGGAUAUCAGGAAGAGCGCUUCGUUACUAACCGAACGACUGCCAUAUCUAAUGCCGAUAGAAAGGCAAUUUUGCAGCAAUCGAACUCAUUGCGAGCGUUAUACGAUGAAAUGAUACAAUUUAUGCCAAUCCUGAAUCGGGGAUCGAAAUUGAUUGAAUUUUUGAUAAGCUCGCAGAAAUCUUCGAAUAAUAGGCAAGCGAUAGCCAUAUUGAGCGCAAUGAUAGAUGCUGGCUUCCUCAUUCCUUCAAUGAACGUUUAUUUACGAGCAAAUGCUAGCAAUGUUGACGAUGAGGAGGUUAAUCAGAUGGUCGAAUUCGAUGAAAGUAUGGUUUACAAAUUUUUGUGCCUGGAUGGAAAUGUAUCACAUACUGGAUCAUAUGGAUUGGAACUGGAGCCCGAAUCGAAUGUAGUUCAUCUCACGCGUUCAAGCGAAAAUGCAGACAAAUGUUAUACAGACGUUAAUCCACUAAGUGCAUCGGGCAGCACGCAGUUCCGUUCUAGUCGCAAUGAAGUGGAGUUAGAAAACUCAUUGUUAUUUUCAUCAGGAGCAAAAGCGCUUCUUGAAGCAUUUUGUGAACAUGAAGAGAUCCUACUACAUCAGCUGCUUCGAAACGAGAAUCUCGAUCAAUCAUGGGCCAAAACAUUGAUCUCAUUAGCAGCCCGUGUGGCAAAUACUGUUCAACCAAGUGCAUGUGGAUUGAUGGAUGCUAUGGAUAUUCGCAAUUACGUUUACUUCAAAAAAGUACCAGGAGGAAAGCGUCAUGAAAGUCAAAUAAUUGGAGGCAUUGCGUUUUCUAAGAAUAUCGUUCAUAAACAAAUGAUGUCCCGUGUGGAAAAGCCAAGGAUUUUACUUCUACGUUGCCCGAUCGCAUAUCAACGUGUCGAAGGAAAAUUCGUUAGUUUUGACACAUUGAUGUUGCAAGAAAAAGAUUAUCUCAAAAACAAAGUUGCAAAAAUUCUUAGCCUCGGAGCUAAUAUUGUACUGGUGCAUAAAAAUGUGGCCGGUAUAGCGCAGGAUAUGCUUCGAGAUAAUGGCAUAACGCUCGUACUGGACGUUAAACUAUGCGUCAUCGAAAGGAUUGCUCGUUGUUUGGAAUGUGAUAUUUUGUCUUCUGUCGAUUCUAAUGUUGGCCAACCGAAAUUGGGAACUUGUGAUACAUUCAGCAUUCGAACCUUUUUCGAUGAACAGGAUUCUUUAAAAACUCUUAUGUGCUUUGAAAAAUCGUGCAGCCCACGUGGGUGUUGUGUACUUUUACGUGGUGGUAAUAAAAGUGAAUUAGUCAAAAUAAAGAAAGUAAUGUCACUGUUGGUGUUUGCUCGAUACAACUGGCGCUUGGAAUUGGCUUAUUUAUGUGAUGAAUAUGCUCGUCCACCAUCACCUCGACCGAGUAUUUUCGAAUCUAAGGAAACCAGUCCAUCGGAUGAAUCAAAUAAUAAUAAUAAUGAACGCAAUACAAGCAGUGCCACGAUGGCAAGGAAAACCGAAGAGUCUGACAAAAGAAUCAAUAUCAAUAAGGAAAACGUAGGAGAUUACUCUGACCCUUUGCGGGCUACUACAAUUUCUCCUAGCGUGUUCAGUCCCGAGAGCUCAUUCGAAUUGACAGUCGAAACACCGUUCGAUAAUAGUUUCAGAGCAGCUCUGAGCAGUACCAUCUUGUCGAUCAGUCCCUUUCUUAGUUUUCCAUUGCCCUAUUUGGAAACUGAAUGCGGUCAAAAGUGUGCUCUGAGGUGUUAUUUUCCGAAAAAUUUGUACUUCUCCAAACAAUGGAGUGAACAUGUUCAUGAUAAACACGCAGGAUUGGAUUCGACUGCUGCUGACUGGAAUGAAACGAGUAAACUUCUGUCGCCGCAUGAGUUUACAUCAUAUAGAAUCACAUCCGCAAUCGAUAACAAGGAAAUGCAAACUGUUCUAGCGAAUUAUCGUGCUUCUGGGGGGCGAUAUCCGAAACAUUCUGAAAUGAAGAGGAUUGCUAUAAACAGGAGAGGGAUACCUUCCCUGCUUAGAAAAUCGACAGAAGAAUCACCCCAUAAGGAUGUUCUGGACAUAGAAAAUCAUCAGCGCCUUCCAGUUCUAUUCAGCAGCUUUUAUUAUAAUCCCACGGCACCAUCGUCUUUCUGUGCAGAGCCGUCGUUCCUGAACAUGCAAUUUUACGGACAAAACGAUAUAAUGCUUGGUGAAUUCCUGGAACGUUACUGCUUCCGUAGUCCAUACAUAUGCAAAUCCUGCAACCUCCCCAUGUUGGACCACGUCAGACGCUACGUUCACGCACAAGGAUGUGUGCAUGUAAAACUUCUCGAAGACGCGAAUAAGGUUGAUACGGGUACGAUUCUUAUAACAUCAAAAUGUACAAUUUGUAACGCUGUAACCAACCCGGCUCCUAUGUCACACGAUACGUGGUGUUAUUCGUUUGCAAAAUAUCUAGAGUUGCGAUUCCACGGACAUUCCUACAAACGGAGGGCCAUUGAUGGUCAAGUGAAUUGCAGUCAUUCAUUACACAGAGACUGCAUACAAUAUUUCUCUUACAUGGGAAUUAUUGCUAGUUUCAUGUAUAGUCCUGUUGAAAUAUGGAAAAUCAGUUUGCCUGCAAUCAUAGUACAGUUGAAAUUGAUGAAUAAAUUUGAUACCCAACAAAUGACCGAGGAAGUGAAAACGUUUGCAGUGAAAGGUUACGAGAUAUACGCAAAAAUCUUCGAAAAACUGGCAGAACUUUCGGAUGACACAGACACCUUUGCACGCUUGAAGAAAAAAGCCAAUCAGGAUCAAAUGAAUUUCAAACAGCGCGUGGAAGCAGUACAGACGUUACUAACGGAAACGCAAAUAUGCGCAGAAAAUGUUGAAGACGCAAUGCUACUACUGAAAAAAGCUUUAGUGGAAACGGUAGAAAACUGGGAACCAAAACUGCAAGAGAUAGUUUUCCACAGUAAAUCCACACCAGCGAAAUCUGAAGUUCAAGAUGUUGACAGUGGCACCGUGGUUACUGAAGAUCUUGAUGUCGUUAACGAAGGAUUUCCUUCCUCUAAUAAAUACAUUAGUACUGCCAAGUCGAUUGAUGAUUUCGAUGAUGCAUUGCCCUCUGAAGCUGUCACAGAGAGUACCACAAUCGAAGAAAAAAAUGUAAGAGAAAAUGAUAGAAAGAGUGUCAUGAGCAUUAUCAGCCAACUGUUGUAUUCUUCUGAAAAUACGAACAUUCUGAAUUUACCAUUACCAACAAACGAACACCAUAACCUUAGAUCGGGCAUAUUUCCUGUAAUGGUUGAUGAUAACGAUUUAGCAUCAUGUAUUGCGUAUAGUUUGGUAUCCGGGGAUUACAAAACGUCAUUGGACAAUCUGUACGUUGGAAAUCCAAUCGAGAAUAGUCCGAGAAUGAAACGAAAAUCUUUAGAAGCUGGGUCAACCGUGGAAGCUGACGAUUCUCUGCUAAAUAAAACGGAAAGCGUUGAAAGCAAAAAAGGCAAACCGUCUCACAUAGAAAUCCAUUUUCAGGAUUCAAUGAGUAACUUCACGUGUAAAGUCUAUUUCGCAAAGGAGUUCGAUAAUCUUCGAUGCAAUUUGUUGGAAACACCAGGCAACAUAACGGAAAAUAAGCACCAAAAACCAAGGAAAAGUACAAACAUAACAGAAGACAACGCAAACUCUGUUAGGCGUAUGUUUGCGAGAUCACUUUGUAGGAGCAUUCAGUGGGAAGCACGUGGUGGCAAGAGCGGAUCCAAAUUCAGCAAAACACUAGACGAUAGAUUUGUGCUAAAAGAAAUGUCACGAACCGAUAUUUCGAUAUUCGAAAAUUUCGCGCCCAACUACUUUGAGUACUUGCACGAAUGUUUGCAGAAAAAUCAACCCACACUGCUCGCGAAAAUUUUCGGUGUGUUCAAGGUGACUGUACGUAGAAAAGAGUGGCAUGAGCACUACUUCGAUCAAUAUUCCGGCGAUAGAGAUAUAUCGUCUUCACAGCCGAACUUGCUCGGGUUGGACUUAGUUGCGGUUAUAGAUUACCGACCAUAUCGCGAUCGAUUCAGUAGAAAAUACCCUCAUGAGUAUAUUUCUGUUGAUGACUUGAACUAUUAUCGUAAACGACAACUUUCGGACUGUUAUGCUGCUGAACAUCUUAAAAGUCACUUUUCUCUGUACAACCAGUCGGACCCAUCCUUAUCGCAUACAUCGCGUAAAACCGAAUACGCUGUAUGCUUCCAUCCCCACGAGUACAAUUUAAGGUUGCCUCUUACAAGAAGGCAUACAACACUGCAAAUAGAGUCAGGAACCAUGAGUAAAAAAACGGAACAUAACUCAAACUUCAUAGCAUACACCAAAGAAACCAUGGCCAAAUCCCGCCCUGAGUUGGUGAAACAAAAGGAAGCCAUCGAAACAUUCAACGAGUCAUUGAGCUCUCCCAAAUAUUCAGAGUAUCGAUCAUCAUUUAUUCCAUAUAAACUGAUCGGUUUUUCAGAUCAUACAGGAGAACUUGUUCAGAGUAAUGGUACACGGAAUGGCGAAAAAGAAAGGGAACGGAUAAGUUCGGAUCUGAGUUUGCACAAUAAAAAGAAAUUUGAGAGAACCAACAUCAAGUUGAACGGAAAUAUUAUGCUGGAACCCGAAUAUAAGAAUAAAUAUAUUGAGUUUCCUAUUGAGAAAUCACAGUCAACUCCACAACUAAAUAAUAUCAAUUUUAGUGCUAACAUAAAAGGAAUGCCAUCCGAAUACAUGGAAUGUUACAAAAGCUACGAUCAUUUCAUAAAAAGUGCACCUAUCAAAAAAGUUGAUAACCUCAGUUUGAGUGGAUUAGUCGAUCUGGUUCCAGAGUACAAGGACCAUUUUCGUUGUCCCUCGCAGAAUACAGUGGAUCGAUCCAGUUAUGCGAAGCGUGAAGAUAACCUUCUUCUCGAUGGCGAGUUUAGUAAGUUACUGCCCGAAUACAACAGCAGUUACCGGAAUCCUGCAAUCACACAGAAACCUGAAAUUGCCAAACCAAAAGCUGGGAUAUUGAAACUAGAAGGAAAUAUGAGUUACGAGCCAAUAUACAGGUGUUCAUUUAUAGAUUUUCCACGAAGUCGACCAGUAAUUUCGAAACCUAUAUCAAAUAUGAAAUUUGAAACGCAAGACUCAGCUGAGGAACGAAGUAAUAAGAAAAAUAAUGGACAACAAAAAUUACGCAGCAGAAUACCUGUUUUGAAUCAGCACAAACCUGCAACAGAUGAGGAAUUGGCCCAAUUUGCAUCUCUGCCAGAAUAUAGAAAAGCGAAAAGAGAACUACUCAUUAAGACGAAACCAUUACAAUCUUCGAAAAGUUUUCUAGCCCAAACCAUCCACGAUGGAAAGAACAAAAUCGGAUUGCGGCAAGACGGGAACAGCGUGUCGACCAAGAUUACAGGGAAUGACCAAGAGGAUUACUCAUCGAAGGCAAAUUCGUACCAUUACAUUUCUGGAAAUGAGCGAAACACUAAAGAGAAAAAGAAAUUCGAUAGUAAUGUCCAAAAAUCUUCGAUACUUGCGAUUAAAAUGGAAAAUGACAAGGCCCUCCAUAAUAUAAGCCAGCUUCGGGGUGGGAAAAAAACCUUCAGAAAUAACCAAAGCAAUAUAAUUGAAGCAAACAAACACUACGCGGAAAACACAAGUGAUCAAUAUCGCAAAUAUCAUUUGAGCCGAAGAAAAACUGAGUCGCGAAAUACGGUUCCACAAUCUUUCGUAGUCUUAAACGCCCCGAUAAAACAGAGAAAUAAGCGAUGGUUUGCACCAACUACUAUUUAUGACUCCCACAUGUAUUAGUGUUCCAUAAUUGUUGAUCGUGAAACUGCCAUAUUUGUUUUAGGAAAAUUUUACCAUCAAGAUGCUGUUUCAAUGAACAUGGACUAUAUAGAUUGAGCAUUGUGAUUUUUAUAAAAUUGAUCUAAUAAAUAUGAUAAAAACCAGGAGUUAUUAUAUUUA